UUUCUUAUUUAAAUGGCAAAGCCACCCGGAAGUUGGGCUUGUGUUUCCCCACUGUCAGUCUCUCAACGGACGACAAUGACGAGCAGCAGAGAUUUGGGAAGAGGAGAAGCCGAGCGGCAAAAGGUCACGGCAACUGUUUGCAUUUGCCGGGGUGUGUUUUCCCUCCCUCCUUUUUUGGGAGGGAUCCUGACUGCCAGCGUAAUCGGACCCGCCAAGGGCACCACGAUGACAGGGCAGGCUUGGCCAAAUUUUGGGAGCCAGGCCCGCCUCGCAGGGCUCGUCGCUUCUUGUUGUGCUUACUGUGACCAGUGCCAAGGCCGGAUUGUGUCACCCGGACAUAGGGGCUUCUAUAUUCUUAAUAAAAUGGAUUUUCCUGGAACACCGGCUGCAAGCCUGCCCCGUUCAGAGGUUGGGCUCAGGGGCCGGGCUGGUCGCACCCCCCUUUCCAGUCCCGACAGAGACAGCGAUGAGGGAAACUUGGCACUUGCACUCGGCACUUGGAGCUCGGCCAAGGCGUUUGUUUAGCUUCCCAGCUGGGGGUUGGCCUCUCUGCAAAAGGAUUCCUGGGACGGGACGGAGCAGAGGCGUGCUUCGCACUUGGGGUCCUCCCUUCGGGCCAGGAUGGCGGACCCCCUUCUUCCUCCCCGGCCCUCCGGCAUCUGGGAUCUGGGCUUCGCGGAGCACCCCCUGCGGAAACUCUGCGGGAAGGAGACCGGUCCCCCGGGGGCCUCCGAGUGGAGGGGACUCUUCCUCGGUGAGGGCUGGGUUCGAGUCUCGCGUGGCGCCGAGGGCAUCUGAGUCGGCAGGCAACACUCCCCAUUGCCCAAGUCGUCUGAAUUUGCCGGUCGGUGGGAACGAUGCUGCAAUCCGCCAAGGCGCAAGGCUCCCCUGGGGGCUCCCCGGCCCCCUCACCCCACAACUCGCCCGUCCUCUUCCGGAAGGCGAUCUCCAACCCUGGCGGCAUGCGGCUGCAGCGGCGCUUCACCGUGGCGCACCCGCUCUGUUUCGACCUGGAGAAUGGCUUCUCCCCGGGACGGACCCCUCUGGACGCCCAGACCCACCCCGGCCUGGGACUCGUGCUGCAAGGGGCCACCCCCCAUGGCCAGCGCCGCGAGUCCUUCCUCUACCGCUCAGACAGCGACUACGACCUCUCACCCAAGGCCAUGUCCCGCAACUCCUCCGUUGCCAGCGACAUGCAUGGAGAAGACCUGAUUGUCACUCCUUUCGCACAGGUCCUGGCCAGCCUGCGGACAGUGCGCAGUAACUUCGCCACCUUGACCCACCUGCAGGAACGCCUCGGCAGCAAGAGAUCGUCUGGCAUUCCCAACCUGCCGCCCACGUCUAAAGUCAACCUGCCAGAAGAUGCUUCCCAGAAGCUGGCCGUGGAGACCUUGGAGGAGCUGGACUGGUGCUUGGACCAGCUGGAGACCUUGCAGACAAGGCAUUCGGUCAGCGAGAUGGCCUCAAACAAGUUCAAAAGGAUGCUGAAUCGAGAACUGACCCACCUCUCCGAAACCAGCCGCUCUGGGAACCAAGUAUCCGAAUACAUCAGCAGCACUUUCUUGGACAAGCAGCAUGAGGUGGAGAUCCCAACCCUGGGCCCUAAAGAGAAGGACAAAGAGAAGAAGAAGAAGGAGAAGGAGAAGGAGAAGGAGAAUCGGCCGAUGUCACAGAUCAGCGGCGUGAAGAAACUGACGCACGGAUCCAGCUUCCGCUGCGUGACCACCAUCCCUCGCUUCGGGGUCAAGACGGAGAAGGAGGGCCUGCUGGCCAGGGAACUGGAAGACGUCAACAAGUGGGGCCUGGAUGUCUUCAAGAUUUCCGAGUACUCCGGCCACCGCCCUCUGACAGUCGUCAUGUACAGCAUCUUCCAGGAAAGAGACUUGCUGAAAUCUUUCCAAAUCCCCGCGGACACCUUCAUUACCUUCCUGAUGACCUUAGAGGACCACUACCACGCCGAUGUGGCCUACCACAACAACAUCCACGCGGCGGACGUGGCCCAGUCCACCCACGUCCUGCUCUCCAUGCCGGCUCUGGAGGCUGUCUUCACCGACUUGGAGAUUUUGGCUGCCAUCUUUGCCGCCGCCAUCCACGACGUCGACCAUCCCGGGGUCUCUAACCAGUUCCUGAUCAACACCAAUUCGGAGCUGGCCCUGAUGUACAACGAUGCGUCGGUACUUGAGAACCACCACCUGGCUGUGGGCUUCAAGCUCUUGCAAGAGGAAAACUGUGACAUCUUCCAGAACAUCUCCAAAAAGCAACGCCAGUCUCUCCGCAAGAUGGCCAUUGACAUGGUCCUGGCGACAGAUAUGUCCAAACACAUGAAUCUUCUGGCUGAUCUGAAGACGAUGGUAGAGACCAAGAAAGUCACCAGUUUGGGGGUCUUGCUUUUGGAUAACUACUCCGACCGCAUUCAGGUGCUGCAGAACAUCGUUCACUGCGCAGACCUCAGCAACCCAACCAAACCCUUGGAGCUGUACCGCCAGUGGACGGACCGGAUCAUGGUGGAAUUCUUCCACCAGGGAGACCGGGAGCGGGAGAAGGGCAUGGAGAUAAGCCCCAUGUGCGACAAGCACAACGCCUCCAUAGAGAAGUCCCAGGUGGGAUUUAUAGACUAUAUCGCUCACCCGCUCUGGGAAACCUGGGCUGACCUCGUCCACCCGGAUGCCCAGGAGAUCUUGGACACCCUCGAAGACAACCGUGAAUGGUACCAGAGUAUGAUCCCACACAGCCCCCCGCCACCCCUCGACGAGUUGGCAUCCGAGAAAGGAGCUCCCGACAAGUUCCAGUUCCAGCUCACGUUGAAAGAGGAGGACGGAGAGGAGUCGGGUGCAGAGAGCCCCCUGGAAGAGGAUCACAGCGAUGUGAAAACCCCAGAGACCACCGACGACUCAGAGUCAGCCCCCGAGCCUCUGCUGUCCCCCAUUGCCAAGCAGGGCAGCCCCCCAAGGAACAUGCUGGCAAUGCAGAACUUUGAUAACCAGAGGACACUCUCGCAGAGUGAUGGGGGCUCAGCCACGGGGGCCGCCACCGAGACCGAAAGGAGGACAACCGAGGCCGGUCUUGAUCAAGAAGGGAAUAUCACCUUCCUGCCCCUUGGGACGUAAGGGGGAAGUGGGGUUGGGGAAAGGCACUGUUGUUGCGCCAUCUUGGCGGCGUCAUGGGGUGGGUGUGUCUUGAAAGGCCUCUCCACCACCGGAAAAGGUCCGCCAUGGUGGUUUCCUUGCCCUCUUCCCGAGAAAACUGUGGAAGAACGCCAACGGCGGGCGUGGGCCCAGGGGCAGAAGGCCACGCCUCGCCCCUCCUGUCUUCCUCCCUGCAUUUUCCGCCCAUGGAGCCUGGGUUGUGCCACAAGCCCAGCCGUGGGGAUAAAUCUUCCCCGUUCCUCCUGGGAGCUGCGUGGUUUCAAUGGGGACAGAGCCCAUGGGAGAAGAGGAUCCAUGGGUGACCGCAAGCUUUGUGGGCACAGGGUUGCGAGUUCCGUCCCUGACAACUCCGUUUUUUAAAAAAAAAUGAUUUGGGGUAACCUUGCCAGGUUGAGAAAAGGCCUCCCCCCCCGCCCCGCCCCGUCUGUGAGACUGAGUUUGAGCAUUCGUUGGGGGUCAGUCUAAACACAUAUGAACCGCCCGACUUGGAUUCUCUCCAAAUGUUGGUCUCUCUGGUGAGGUGGCGGAGCUUGGGCUGUGCGUGGUCCAGGUUCAAAUCCCACUCCGGCUUGAGACUUUGUGUGCAACGUAGGGAUGGAGAGGUGAGAUGCACUGGACUGGAGAAGGCCCCUUUGGGCGUUGCUUCUGCAAGCGGAGGGCUGUGCCGCUCUCCCCAGCACAAGCAAACCAGUAUCCCUCCAGUGACCCGAAAAAUUGCUCUUCACCCAACAGGCUCCCCACGGUAGCAAGAAGCCCUUGCCCUGCAAUGGGAUCUUCACCUCCUUUAUCUUCUCCCUUUCGAGGUCUGCUCCUGGAACCUGCAGAAAUCCAGGCCUUGCUCCACGUUUUCUCGCCCCCGAUAGCUGCGCUGGAAACAAACUUCUGUAGGCUAACGUCCCGCGCUGUCUUUUCUCCUCUAUGGAAAUAUUUAUAGACAGCUAUUUUAAAAAAACGAAAAAGAAACCUGCCAUGUUUUUUCCCUUAAAGGCACUACUUUGGAAUGAAAACACCCCUUACAUUUCCUCCCCCCACCCUUUCCAUUUUCCAUUAAGGGGAAAAUGCUUAUGUUAUUUGAUCAGGAGUGUUUAUUUUUUCCUUUUGCGGUGUCUGCCCCCCACCCCCACCCCGAAAGGCAGGACGGAUAUAAAUACUUUCAGGAUUUGGGAAAGAGAUGAAGCUGGGUAUUUUUAAAAGGAGAUUGGGGUUGGGGAUGUUCUCGAGAACAAAAUAGGAGGUGAAUUAGACAUCCGGGGGGGGGGUGUACCGUAUUUUUCCUUGUGUAACACGACCCCGUGUAUAACACGAUCUCUAUUUCUGGAGACUCAAAUUUUUGAAAAUGGGGGGAGAUGACCCCCAUGUAUAAGACGACCCCCGUUUUUUAACAUCAUUUUAGAGUAAAGAAACCUAGUCUCAUACAUGGGAAAGUACGGUAUGUGAGGGAGAGAGACCCCGGGGGUUACUUCAUCUUCAGAGCAGUCCCCUUAAAACUCAUAUACAAGCAAGGAAAUUGGGAUGGGGGCCACAACAAAUGAGGCUACCCCCUUUAAUUUAUAAGGAGACGAGUGUGUCUUUAUUUUACGGAGCUUUUGUAGCCUUAUGUUUUAACAAUAAUAACCUGGAGGUGUUGGAUUUGAAAUGUGCUAAUCCUCACAACCAGUCUGCUCACCCCUAUUUCGUUGUCCGAUACUGAAAUUACUGUGACUUGUGUUCAGAAACGCUGCAUUAUGUGUGUGUAUAUAAUAUAAUAUUCCCCCCCCCACAUGGCACUUUGAGUUUCCUGGCCGGCCACUGAGGCCUUGGCUAGGAAUGGCACCUUGUUUUUCUACAACACAUUGUCUCCCCAAAUAUAAUUUCCAUGUAAAACCAAAACAAAUGCUGAUUUAUUUUAUUAUAUAUAUAUAUAUUUAAAAUCAUGCUAUAAAGCUACGGCACUUGAAACCUAAGUCUCUGCACCAAAGAUCUUGCGAUAACAGAAAUAACGGGCAAAAAAAAUGUUGGCGGGUGGGAAGAUGGAAGGGGGGGGUGAGUUGGUUGUGAUUAUUAUUAUUUAUUGAAUUUAUAUACCGCCCUAUCUAUACCUGGAGGUCUCAGGGUGGUUUGCAGUGGCACUGGUGAGGGUGAGGGAGAAGGAGAUAUAUGUAAAUUUCGGAAGAAAUUUAAAAGAAGAGAGAGCCGAUAAUAUGAUGGCUGAGAACACACUAUUAUUAUUAUUAUUAUUAUUAUUAUUAUUAUUAUUAUUUACAUCACUUCAUUGUAAAAAAAACAACAACCUCAGAAGCAGUUGGAAGCUGAGGCAUCCCAGUCAGAUGGGCGGGGAACAAAUAAUAAAAU